AUGCAAUCUCAGCAGUAUACCAAUGGCGGACCGGCCCACCGACCAGGGAGCAACCAAGGCAUCGCCUUGGCCAGCAAGCCGAUAUCCCUGUCACAACACCCUUCAGUCAACGCGGCACACCAGACGAGAUCUUCCGAAGCGCCCCGAAUCCUAGCCAGCCUGCCAGCAGCCACAUCAAUCAUAACCUCCUACGCGUCCCAAAUCCUAGCCAACCAGACCCUCAGCAAGCCAGCAGCCGUGUCCCUUUCCUUGCAGAUAUAA